CUGUGAAUAGUGUAAAAAUCACAAUGUUGCAAGAAUUAUGAAACGGAAAAAGUAUGAGACGAGGGACAGAAGUAUUACUCCGUAUUUUAUUUCCUUAAAUAGUUUUUAUAUCUACCCCAAGUCCCAACCGACAAGUAAAAUAAAAUGAAAAUAAAACUUACAACAAAUGGGUGAAGUCUUCCAUACCACGAAAGGAAUUUACCCGCUCGCUAGAAUCUCUCGUUCAUUUUUAUUCAUUCAUUCAUCUAAUUUCAGUACUGUCACUGCUACCAGCCCCCACUACUCUUUCGCUUUCCGCCCCCAACCACCGUAACCGCCCAUUUCAACUCCACAAGCCGCCUACUUCUUCCUAAGCCAAUGCUCACCUCACUGGCAACAAUGGCCAGCGCGAGACUCUUCAAGAUCUGCCUCAUCACUGCUUCUCUUCUCUUGUUCCUCCUCUUCAUCCUCACCCAACUCUCCCACCCCAGCAUCGCCAUUCUCCGCCCAACAACCUCCUUCUUCAUCCGUCCUAGUUCCGGUGACCAGCAGCAGCGGAGGCAGUAUCCCGUCUCUUUCGCCUACUUGAUCUCCGCUUCCAGGGGUGACGUCCCGAGGCUGCGCCGCCUACUGUACGCCCUCUACCACCCCGGGAACUACUACCUGAUCCACCUGGAUGCGGAUGCGCCCCGGUCGGAGCACCUAGAGCUGGCGAGGUUUGUGGCCGGAAACGCCGUGUUCGGCCAAAUCGGGAAUGUGUGGGUGGUAGGGAAGCCCAGCUUGGUGACCUACAGAGGCCCGACAAUGCUUGCCGCUACUCUCCACGCCAUUUCUCUCCUUCUGAGGACUGCAAAUUGGGACUGGUUUAUCAAUCUCAGCGCCUCUGAUUAUCCACUCGUAACGCAAGAUGGUAUGGUGAGUGCCUCAUCUUCCGAAAAUCCACUCCAAUGAUAAUUUACACUUUACUCAAUUUCAUUUUCUCUUUGUAAUUUCCCCAGAUCUGAUCCAUUCCUUCUCAAGUUUGCCCAGAGAUCUGAACUUCAUACAGCAUACUAGUCACCUUGGUUGGAAAUUUAAUAGGAGGGGCAAACCGAUUAUAUUAGACCCAAGUUUGCAUAGUAAUAAUAAAUCAGAAAUCUGGUGGGCAAUCAAGCAGAGAACUCUCCCGACAGCUUUCAAGCUCUAUACAGGUUCAGCUUGGAUGGUAUUGUCAAGAUCCUUUGCAGAGUACUGUGUAGUAGGCUGGGACAACCUGCCGAGAAGGCUUCUCCUCUACUACACCAACUUUGUCUCCUCUCCGGAGGGUUACUUCCAGACACUCGUGUGCAAUUCCGAUGAGGGGUACAAGAACACAACGGUUGAUCAUGACCUCCAUUACAUCACCUGGGAUGUCCCUCCCAAACAACACCCCAAGUCUCUUGGCCUGAAAGACUACAGAAGAAUGGUCCUAAGCAACCGGCCAUUUGCGAGGAAGUUCAAGAGGAACGACCCAGCAGUCCUUGACAAGAUAGACCGUGAACUCCUCAAGAGGAGGGGGGAUGGGCAUUUCUCAUUGGGUGGGUGGUGUUACAAUAAGGACCAGAAGAAGUGUUCGGCAUUGCAGAGUGAGAUGUACGGGGUUCUGCAGCAUGGGACUGGUGCUAGGAGAUUGAAAACUCUGCUCACUAAACUGCUUUCCCCUCGGUAUUUCACCAAGAGGCAGUGUAAAUGAUUUUUUCCUUUGUUUUGGUGAUAAAUGGAGUAAAUCAGAGUGUAGUUUCUGUAUUAGGAUUUAGAACUUAGCUAGGCUUGACUUGCUUGCUGUAAUAAUCCAUACACAUGCUACUUUGUAUCACACAAUCACACACAUUAACUCAGGCACAUUCAUCAAUAAUAAGGUUUGUGAAGAAUACAAUAUGUGAGGGUUGAAUUAUAAAACAGGUUAUGGUUGAGAUCUAAUACUUUCUUUUGUAAUGGUUUCUUGGGUG